UCUUAUAUAAGGCAAGGAAAGCUUGAGAGAAAGGCAAAGCAGACACUGCUUGAGUGGCGAGAAGAUCAUUCUGAAAAAGAUACCGCGCCAACAGGAAAGGACAGGUGAUAGCCAAUCAACUGUUUUUAACAUCACAGUGAAUGAAAUCCCUUCGCAACUUGUUGACUCACGUCUAACUUGAAAGAAAUUCUUCAAUAUCACUGAGGUCGCAUUCGAACUGACAAUCACGUUAGGAAACGUUGCAAAGGCACAAAGAUUUGGAUCCUAGCCGCGCAACCAGAACAUGUCUUCUCAAAGUUUGAAAGAGCAGACAACGAAGAGGUCAUCUAUUGGAGAGAAGUUUCAUGCCAAAUUAAGUAACGGGAAUCAAGUGUUCCCUACCUUGACUGAGACAAACGAGGAACAGAUACCCUAUUCACAAUUAACGUUUGGAGUGGACGAAACAAAAUCCCCAUGGUCAGAUGCCGGAACGUCAGAAGAGCAUCAUGGAAGUAUUGCAUCAAUACUUCCCCGAAAGCGACGAAGGUUUUUGAGCGCGUCAAACAUGAUGCGAAUUCUAAUUGCUGCAGCCCUAAUCCUUUCCGUCGCCAAUCUCUUCUUAACAGUUGCGCUCACCAGAAGAGAAGAGAAAGGUUGCACUUGCCAAAAAGACAGUGCCAAGGAGUUUAGUGGUCCAGAAAAAUUAAAAGGCGAAGGCAACAACCGAAACACCACCAACGAGGAGGAUAACACCGGAAUAGAAAAGCCCCCGGAAGCCGGGCCACCCGGACCUCCCGGUCCCCCUGGACCACCCGGACCUCCAGGAGAGCCUGGCCCGCAAGGCGGAAAAGGCGAUACUGGGGUACAAGGGCCCCGAGGACCACCAGGAAUUGGUGCCCCUGGCCCAAUGGGUGCUCCAGGGCCCAGGGGUUAUAAUGGGACUCAAGGACCAAUUGGACCUCCAGGUGUUGAAGGCAAACAGGGCCCACCAGGUCCUCAAGGGCCAAUGGGGCCCAUGGGCUUUAACGGCUCUCGAGGUUUACCUGGGCCAACAGGUUUGGAAGGCCCCAGAGGCCCUCCCGGUGUCAACGCGACGCAAACUGGAGGAGGAGGUAUCGCCGGACCACCGGGUCCUCCUGGUCCACAGGGAAUUCCUGGGCCUGGAAAUAUGAGCCUCUGUCAGUACAAGAAUAAGAAAGAAGUCGCCCAGACAGCCGGGAAUUCAGCUAAUUCAAAAGUUAUUCUGCGAGAAGAUGAACACCCGGGAAUGAAGAUUGUUGCAGCUACUUGUUCAACGCACAAUGCUGCAGAGUACGUCUUUGGUGAUGCAAAAAUUGACCCCAGAACAGGAACCAUUGUGUACAAUUGUCAUUGUAGAGGAAAAUCAGGUCUGUUUAGUGGUGCUAAUAGCAUGCAGUGUGUUAUUCACUACUGGAUCUGCCCAAUCAAUAGUUAAGAAACUACUUUCAUAACCAGCACAGUCAAACGGCGUUCCUUCUAUAAAAUGGAGGACCAACUGUUUCAAAAAGGCACUUUCAUACCCCAGUUUUUGAAAUCAUUACGGCAAAAAUUCCUUUCAUAGUGACUCCUAUGUAGUGUGACAGAGGAUCUUUCAUUUGAUCGAGCAUCAUCCACAGCAGUUGUUGAAUUAUAUCAGUUACUCUGUCCCAGAGCUCUCAGAUUUUUUUAUGUGAGAUGAUAUUUAACAACGAAUCAGUUCAUACAAAGUUCUUAACAAUGAACAGCUUAUUAUCGAAAGUGUGCCCGGUUCUCUUCUUGAGCAGUGUGUGAGAAAAUAUAGGCAAAAUGAGACUGGCGAAAAAAAAAAAUUUUUAAAUUUUACUUCACAGUAAGAUAAACUCUGUCCUCUCGAUUGAUUUCCUCCCCUUUGAAAACAUAAACACUAUGUACUGAUUUAGAUUUCAUUUGCUUGAGCUUGGUUAUUUUUAUAGCCUCUAUAUCCGAGAAAAAAAAAAGUAAUUGACUUUUCAGAGAGGGUCAAAAAAAUCAAUAGACCAGAAAAAAGUAUCCAAGAGUUCGCCAGAAUUAUUUCCAUUCAGUAUGAACUAACAGAAUUAAGACAGAUGUAGAUAAUUAGACUCUAUUGUAUUUCACCGUCCAGAUCGAUUUAAAAUGUCAUAUUACAAGUGCCAUCUUAAUACUGGCAAUAAGAGGGGAUUUUAAUUGAUUGCGUGUAUGUUAAACAUUAUACUCAUCGCUUUUUUUCUUUCGCAUUGGUAUCAUAUAAUUUCACAGUAAAUUUAUUAGAUUUUGGCAAUGAUUGAUCGUUACGGCAAAAGUAUGAUAAAUCAAAACACACUUUGAAAUGCCAGUGCCAACAGCAGUCUCAUAUAAUAACAUUAUUAUGGUAAGAUUUAAUAUUACAUCUCCACGUAUACAGUUCAUCAACUGAAUUGUAAUCGUGAAUGAUUUUUAUAGUUCUACACGAGUCCUUGGUAACUGGAAACAUUUCAUGAAAUGAAACUUACCCGAACAAAAUAUUACAUUUCCAUAAUUACCAAUUCUUGCCCUACUCGCGUCGAAUCUCAACUUAAUUAGAGAUUGAUUUAAUAUUUAAACUUGUGUAUGGAUUAAAAACAUCUGUACUCAGACAGGAUGAUUCAUAACAAGCCUUUUUAAUUGUCUAUUUGUAUUUCAAAACAAACGCUGGCAUUUUACGUAAUAAAGUGUGGUACUCAUGAGUAUGCAAUUA